UCUGAUCUGACCAUUUGCAGUCCCAUAUCCUUUUACAUACACCUACAACAAAUUGAAAUACAAAUGCGAGGCCGAUCAGGAAGACGUUCUAGAAGUAGAGAUCGCAGAAGAUCGAGAAGCCGAGAAAGGGGUAAUUAUGGAGGCGGACGUCGAAACAAUGCAGGAGCCUGUCUACGGAAGCCCAGAUGGGAUCUGAGCAGACUGGAACCCUUUAAGAAAGACUUCUAUGUUCCCCACUUGCGUGUCGCACAAAGAACCAAGUACGAAGUGGACGAGUGGCGUCAUUCAAAAGAAAUCUCGCUGAAGGGGAAACAGAUCCCUUUCCCCGUACUUAGUUUUGAAGAAACGUGUUUCCCGGAUUACGUUAUUAGCGAAAUAAGAAAAAUGGGUUUCAAAGCUCCCACGCCGAUUCAGUCACAGGGAUGGCCAAUAGCUUUAUCCGGAAGGGAUAUGGUGGGCAUAGCAUCCACAGGCUCCGGGAAGACACUGUCUUACAUCUUACCUGCAAUCGUUCAUAUUAACAAUCAAUCGAGAUUGUUGCGCGACGAUGGACCGAUCGUUCUAGUUUUGGCACCAACCAGGGAACUGGCUCAGCAGAUCCAACAAGUCGCUUGUGAUUUUGGACAAACGUCGCGGAUACGGAACACCUGCGUUUUUGGCGGGGCCCCGAAAGGUCCGCAAGCCAACGAUCUCUCCGAUGGCGUGGAAAUAGUCAUAGCCACGCCCGGACGACUGAUUGAUUUCCUGGAGAGCAACAGGACGAACCUGAGACGAUGUACAUAUUUAGUUUUAGACGAAGCUGAUAGAAUGCUCGACAUGGGCUUCGAGCCGCAGAUACGUAAGAUCAUCGAGCAAAUACGUCCAGAUCGACAGACCUUGAUGUGGUCUGCCACAUGGCCCAAGGAGGUCCAAGCUCUCGCCACUGAAUUUUUAAAAGACUAUGUGCAGAUUAACGUGGGCUCGUUGCAAUUAUCAGCUAAUCAUAAUAUUUUACAAAUCAUAGACGUCUGCCAAGAGUACGAGAAGGAAACGAAGUUGAGCACUUUACUGAAAGAGAUUAUGGCUGAGAAAGAAAAUAAGACUAUCAUAUUUAUAGAAACCAAGAGACGUGUUGAUGAUAUUACAAGGAAAAUGAAACGAGAUGGCUGGCCGGCCGUUUGCAUUCAUGGCGAUAAAUCACAACAGGAACGGGAUUGGGUACUCCAAGAUUUUCGUUCCGGUAAAGCACCAAUAUUGGUAGCUACGGAUGUUGCAGCGCGAGGUUUAGAUGUUGAAGAUGUAAAGUUUGUAAUCAAUUUUGAUUACCCUUCAAAUUCGGAAGACUAUGUGCACAGAAUUGGUCGCACCGGUCGAUCUUCCAGAACGGGAACUGCGUAUACAUUUUUCACUCCUAGUAAUGCAAAUAAAGCGGCCGAUCUUGUGGCCGUCCUGAAAGAGGCCAAGCAGGUGAUCAAUCCAAAACUGAUUGAGAUGACCGAGAACAGGAAUUGGAACAAUGGAAAUUCCAAUGGACGAGGUCGGAACAGAUGGGGCAGAGGAAGGCCGCAGCGAUCCAAUUCGAGGUCGCGAUCGAGGUCUCCUCGCAGAGGAGGCAGCCGUCGUGAGAGGAGUAGAUCCAGGAACAGGAUGAGACGACGACGAUCGCAUUCUGAUAGUAGAGGUAGAAGCCCAUCGAUCGGACGAUCAGGCAAGUCUUCUACAUCCAACAACAGCUUAGGUCUGGGCCCCCCGAAAGACAGGCCACUUCUUCAGCAGCAACCACCACCACCAUUACCAACAUCACAAAUGCAUCAGCCUCCACUCCCUCCCGCUCCACCAACAACACAGCAACAUCAAAUACAAUCAUCGAGUCAGCCGCCGCCACCGCCCCAGCCUCUGAUGGCGGCAUUCCACCAGAAUGUGCCGCCCCCGUACGGCUCCUUCCCCAAUGGAGCCCUCUUCUACACACAUCCACCACCGCCAUCUACACCAAACUCUUUCUUUCCUAAUCCAGUUGGUUACCCAUUCGCUGCUCCGCCACCGUCGACUUCCCAUUAAAUACUUCGAUUCAAAGGGCUAGUUUGCAAUAAUUUCGGUAUAACAUAUUUUUAUUGUUGUUUUGUACCUUGAAUAUAUACUAUAGUUUUAAG